UACUGAAGUUCAUUGCAGUAUGGCACGUGUUAUGGUUUGCUCAUGCAUUUGUAUUUCUAAUGGAACUUUAAUGAAACUACUAGGAGAGUGUUUCAUAGACAGUAUUAGCCGCGUAUGUUACUCUGUAACAGAAGAACGUAAGAAGAUCAUAACACUCAUUUAAAGUCAACAUAAUUGCCAACAUUGUAGCACAGUUAUGUUGGAUGAUAGCACCUGUGUUAGUGAAGUGACAUCAGCUAUAAGCAGAAUCAGAAUGCAGUCAAGUAGUGUAAAUAAGACUCCACUGUCUUCCAGUGAUGAUAUAAAUUUAGCACCACAGUCUCCUAGUUCUCUUGUCAGAGAAUCUCCAGAGAGUCAAUUAACUAACUCAUUUAGGUUGAGGGACAUAAUGCCUUCUGAUGCUGCUACUGUGAAUACAUGUUUUAGGAUCCCUAUUAUUGGAUAUGAGAUAAUGGAAGAGAGAGCCCGGUUUACUGUUUAUAAACUGCGCAUUGAAAACAUUGUUACUGGUGACUGCUGGUUCGUGUUUAGAAGAUACACAGACUUUGUAAGAUUGUUUUCAAAGCUGAAGACUGAUUUUCCAUCUAUAAAAUUGACACUGCCAAGAAAACGUUGGUUUGGAAACAACUUUGAUCCCAUUUUCCUUGAAGAUCGAAUCUGUGGCCUGCAGUGUUUUGUGAAUUCAAUCCUUGAGCAUCAGGAGUUAUGUACUGCUCCAACAGUGCAAGAUUUCUUUUGCCUGAAUGAACCUCCAACAUGUGCAGAGAGUAUGGAAGAAUCUCGGGCAAUAUUUGAAGCACUAGAAGAGACAAUAUAUCAUCUAAGGUGUCAGUUAAAGGAGAAAGAAAUGGAACUGAACAAAGCAAGAAUAUCUCUUGCUGCUGAAAUAAUGAAGAAGGACAAGCUGUCUCAGAUUUUAAGAAAUUCUACAAAGGAUUGUCCUCAAUGUGGUAAGGACUUAACGACCAUAAACUCACCACUUUCUGAAGCAUCUACGUUGAAAGCGAUUGUCAGCGAAGCAACCAAUGGAAGCAGCCCUCAGAAACAAGAAGUGGCACAGGCAAAGGCUCAGCCAUAAGGUCCUUUUCAUGUCUGGUGGAAAGAUGUUAAAAUAAAGCUCAAUUUGUCACUUCCUGCCAGGUUUAAGUUGCUUGCUGUAUUGUUAUUAUAUAAAGUGCCUCUUUCAAGACAUGGACACAGUAACUCUUCCCAAGAGAUAUUAUAUGUAAUAAUCACUCAAAGGCUGUGAUCAGUUCAGUAAGUAUGACAAUACCAUAAAAAUGUAAUUCCAUAGAAGCAGAUGUUUGAUAAGAUAUGCUCGGUAGGAAUAAUUUCACAUUCUAUACAAAAUAUAAAGGGUAGCCCAACAGUAAGUUGUGAGCCAUGUCUGGUUCCGGAGUUGUUUACAUUUAAAUUACUGUAGGGAGUUAGCAGAAUACUCAUAGAAUACAAUAUUUUAUUUAUGUUCUUAUUUAAUGUUUUAUUUCUCUAUUUGUAUUCUCUGAUUCAGUUUCCAUUCCAGUCAGCAAGAUGCAUAGCAAAUUUUUUUAGUAAAGAUACUUCAAGCCACAAUAAAACGAUAUUAAACCAAUAUUAUACUAUUGUUUUCAAUCACUGUAAUUUAUUCAGAACUAAUUUCAUUAUAUUUAAUGCCAGAUAAUUGCAGACACUAUCAGAUCCUUGUUAAGUGAACCUGCUGCAUGAAGUCAUUUAUAUGUAUCUUCAUGUAAUGAUAUGAGAAACAGUUUUAUCUGCUUUUGAGGAGGAGUCUGGAUAUUAGUGUCUGUCCCAUCUCAAAAGUUGAGGUGCACUAUGUUGUAAUUGCCAAUUAUAAGCAAUUAAGACAUAACAGUAUAUCUGUUGACUCAAGUGGCAUAAAUUUGUUUUACAUUCUGUGAAAAUCAGUUGUCUCAUGAAAAAAUUAAAACGAACAUAUGCAUGUACAUACACAACACAUAACAUGUGCUCUUUCCAUAAGAAGAAAAAGUAAGCCCGUUACAAAAUCUGUUUACUUCGAGAAAAUAAUGUUUGAUAGGCUAAGAUGUCUUCAACAAAAUAUCAGCAUCUUCAAAGUUGAACAAAUUUUAUAUUUUCUUUCAUUGCCAUUCAAAUUUUAAAUUAUUCAUCUAUUUUCAUGUGCUUUGAAAAUUAUAUCCUCUCACUAGACAUCAUGAGUCAGACGCAUUUCAUUCAUACUGUUGCUCCUAGCUUGAAUCUUGUUUUCUUUUGGAGAAAUGUCUGUCCGCCCAACAUACCAAAGUACUAUUCUCGGGUUUUUUUUUUUAGAGGGAGGCUGAAUAAAUGACUUUAAGUGCUGAAGGAAGACCCUGCACUGUAUAUUUUACAUGCAUAAUAUCAGUUAAAUUAUCUGUGAUAUGAAGUAAUACAGAUAGAUAAAAUUUCUGUGGUAUGGUUGGAAUUUAAGAACGUCAUCCUGUACAUAAGCUCAGUGCCACAAUGCCUAAAGGUUCAUGUUUGGAAGGUAUUCAGUUCAAUUCUCAGCCAGAAAUUCAGCUUCUCUCACUAGGUUUUCCAUACUUUUGUUUAGUUCUUUUAGAUUAAAGCUGGCAUAAUUCCUUGAAAUAGCUUAGGACCACUUCCAGUCUGCUCAUAAUGAUUAUCUUCUCAUUCAGUUCUGUAUAACUCCUGAAAUUGGUGCACUGUCAUUAAAUGACAAGUCAGCCUAAUUAAGGGUACUCUGCUGAAAAUGGUAAUAACAACAGAAACAAAAAAUAAAACAUGAAAAAUGUAUUACUGCCUGCAGAUGUUAUAUUUAUAUUCUCAAUUUGCAAUAUUUAAUGUGUGAUAGUUUGCAUUUUUUUAAGUUACUCUUAAUUACAAUUGGUUCAUCAGAAAUUUAUUCAGGAUGUAUGUUGUAAGGGUGAGGUAGUCAGUGAUGGUGAUGGCUGUAGUGUAAAAAGUCAGUGGUGGCCUGUGAAGGAAUAGAGGAUGAGCAUAAGGACUACACCGCCCAUUAAAAAGUAACACAGCCACCCCAUAAUAUUGAUCUUUUUUUUCUUAACUUCAUAAAAUUACAACUUUACAGCCUGUGUCACCACUGAUGAAAGUAAUAUGUAAUUUCAAUCUUUUUCAAUCUUGUUUAUUGUAUGAAGGUUCUAACUGUGCUUUGUAACUAUCAUUGCUCAUGAAUAAUUCAACAAUAAAUUUUUCAUUCCAGCA